UACAGGCUCCAAAGCAGGCUGAGUGUACUGCAGGUCAACCUAGAAAGUGAAGGAUGAUGGCUGCUUUUGGCUGCACGAAGGCGCAAUUGCUCAUUUAUUAGGAGAAAGGACCUGGAAGCAGUGUUCGGGACAGCAGUGUACUGCUUGACAGAUUAAUAUUUUUUUUUUCCUAUGCUGGGGUUGCCAUUCUAAAGGAUUCUCAUCAUGAUCGAUAGCUCCAAGAAGCAGCAACAGGGCUUUUCUGAGAUUUUACCUGCAGGAGAUGUUAAGCCGCUGAAGGAGAAGGAAUGCCUUGAGGUGAACAGCCAGAAAAGUCUCAAGGAAGUACUUCAGCUGAAACUACAACAAAGACGGACACGAGAACAGCUGGUGGACCAGGGCAUCAUGCCACCUUUGAAAAGUCCAGCUGCAUUCCAUGAGCAGAUAAAGAGCCUGGAGCGAGCCAGGACUGAAAAUUUUUUGAAGCACAAGAUUCGCAGCAGGCCGGACCGGUCUGAGCUGGUCAGAAUGCACAUCCUCGAAGAGACCUUUGCAGAGCCUUCACUACAAGCCACUCAGAUGAAACUGAAGAGAGCUCGGUUGGCGGAUGAUCUGAAUGAGAAGAUUGCUCAGAGGCCUGGCCCCAUGGAACUGGUAGAAAAAAAUAUUCUUCCUGUAGACUCCAGUGUUAAAGAAGCUAUUAUAGCAGUUGGACAAGAGAAUUAUCCUCAAGCUUUGGAUGAUUAUUCAUUUGAUGAAGACAGCAGUGAUGCUUCUUCCCCUGGUGAGCCAAAAACAAGUGACUCACCAUCACCAAUAACACCAAAUGCUACUACGUCAACACAGUAUCCACCUUUAACCUCUCCAGUUCCUGAAUUUCUCAAAACUCCCUCUACAAUCGAACAGCAUGUUACACGUUCUACGGCUACAACCACCCUGACCACAAAUACUGUAUCUGCAGCAAAGCCUGGGCCAACAUUAGUAAAGCAAAGCCACCCAAAGAACCCAAAUGAUAAGCAUCGGAGCAAGAAAUGUAAAGAACCUAAGCCAAGGGUGAAAAAAUUGAAGUAUCAUCAAUAUAUUCCACCUGAUCAGAAAGGUGAGAAAAAUGAGCCACAGAUGGACUCCAACUAUGCUCGUCUGCUACAACAGCAGCAACUGUUUUUGCAGCUGCAGAUCCUGAGCCAACAGCAACAACACUACAACUACCAGACAAUUCUACCUGCACCACUGAAGCCACUGAAUGACAAACAGAGUAACAACGGGAGUACACCACUGAAUACUUUGAACAACAGUACACCGACAUCAGCUGCCAGCUCACCAAGACAGAAUAGUAAUAUUCCUAGCCGGAAACCAGGACCUCUACCUUCAAGCUUGGAUGACUUGAAGGUAGCAGAGCUUAAAAUGGAGUUGAAAUUGAGGGGAUUACCAGUCUCUGGAACAAAAACAGAUCUUAUUGAGCGUCUGAAACCCUACCAAGAUCUUAACAACAAUGGGGUUGCUACUAGUAGCUCUGUUACAGUAACCACUUCUACUGGGGCCACAGGUAACACUGGGGAAGUGACUGUGGCAUUUCCUGUUGCAACACUAAAUAAACCAGUGGCUAAUACAAUAUCCAGCUUUCCUCCAGAAAAAACAUCUACUGGACCUGGCUGCAAAGUAGUAAAUACUGAAAACAUUAGCUCUCCUUUGCCUGUAUCUCCCUCUCCUUCAGAACAAUCUAGUCUAAGCACAGAUGAUACUAGUAUGGCAGAUACUUUCACAGAAAUUAUAACCAUGAUGUCACCAUCCCAGUUCUUAAGUACUUCACCACUAAGAGCAAAUAUAAGUGAUGAUAAUCAGAAUCGCAGUAGUGGAAGCAUCUCAACCAUGGAGCUUGAUGUAGCAGAAAAGGACCGCAAGCUUCAAGAAAAAGAAAAGCAGAUUGAAGAGCUCAAAAGGAAACUGGAACAAGAGCAAAAACUUGUGGAAGUACUGAAAAUGCAACUUGAGGUUGAAAAACGGGGGCAACAGCAACAGUCUCAAGCUUCUGGUAAUUCAGCUGCUUUGGAACAGAAGCAAUUCAGUGCUGCUGUCAAAGAUGAAAAUGCUCUUACUGACUGCUCCAGUACAAGUCAAUCUGUACCUGUAGCUAGUCAUUCUUUAGGACAAUCGGUAUAUACUAGUGGCCAGAAUCCAGUUGCCAAAAAGGCAGUUGUUAUCAAGCAGGAGAUACCUGUGGCCAAAGCUGAACCUCAGAAUGCCAUUUCUCAAUUUUAUGUUAAUCCACAGAGGCAGCCGCAAACUGCAGUUGUUGCCCAACCUCAAGCUUUACUAACUACCCAAGGAACUGCACAGCUGCUCCUUCCGCUAUCUAUCCAGGGACCGAAUUCUACCACUGCAGUGCAGCUACCAGUUGGAAAUAUAAAGUUGCAAGCUCAAUCACAAGCUGGAAUACAGACCCCAUCACAAAUACCUGCUCCUAUUUCUUCUUCUGGCCUGGUCCAGACAGCACCUCAGAUGCAUACUCCACAAUCAAACCAAAAUACCAUCACGCAGCAUGCACUUGGUCAGACCCAACAAAUCAGAAAGGUUUUUCCACCUACCACAUCAAAUACAGUAUUUUCCUAUCAGACUGCACCAGUUACAACACCUUCACAAUCUUUCAUUAAUAAAACAUCAAACUCUAACAUUCACACUGGUGGUAACCAGGUUCCCUCUGUGCAGAAUGGACCUGCUACUCCUAAUAAGCCUGGCUCUCCAUCUCAAGCCCAGCCUUAUAUUGUUCAACAGUCCCUCUUCAACAACACAGUAUCCAAGACAAAAGAUCCUCCUCGUUAUGAAGAGGCCAUAAAACAGACCCGCAAUAUUCAGACAUCGCACCGUGAGAUUUCCAGUGCACACAGUCAGCAGAUGGAUGAUCUUUUUGAUAUUCUCAUCAAGAGUGGAGAGAUUUCCCUUCCAAUAAAGGAGGAACCAUCUCCCAUUUCUAAAAUGAGACCAGUAACAGCCAACAUCACUACAAUGCCAGUGAAUACAGUGAUAUCCCGCCCACCACCACAAAUCCAAAUGGCCCCUCCUCCUGUGUCCUUAGAACCAACCACCAGCUUGUCUAUAAGUCUGGAAAACCAACUUGAAGCCCUCUUGGAUGGAACUUUACCAUCAGGUAAUGAAAUUCCUCAGCUGACAAGCAGUAAUGAGGACAGAGAGUCAUUUUCUUUAAUUGAAGACCUCCAGAACGAUCUGCUUAAUCACUCCAGCAUUUUAGAUCACUCUCAUUCACCCAUGGAAACAUCCGACCCGCAGUUUACCACUAACAAUUCUUGUCUGUCUCUUGACCUUCCCGAUACAAAUUUGGACAAUAUGGAAUGGCUAGACAUUACAAUGCCCAGCUCCUCAUCUGGACUCACUCCUCUCAGUUCUACUGCCCCCAGCAUGUUUUCCACUGACUUUCUAGAUCCACAAGAUCUACAGUUGCACUGGGAUUAAGCUAUAGCCAAUGAGAAGUCUCAUUACAGCAGAGGUCCAUUAUUAUACCAUUCUGAUUGCAGUUAAGAUAAAUUAAGACAGUAAUGUUCGGAAGAACAAAUGCUUGAAGCUAAUUCCUUGUUGGUUUUCAAGUUUACAACAGUGAAUUACUUUAUGCUCCUAUGAGUAAUGCAGAUCAGGGCCCUCUGAAAGCUGUAUUUCACAAGUCAAGAAAGGAUGAUUGUACUUACUGAUUAGAAGUACCCCAAGGUAAAUCCAUCACAAAUAUUUAAGAAAGUUAUGUCUCUGACUUUGUAAUGCUUAAAUGAGCAACACAACAUGGCUAAACUUAGAGAAAAAAAAGUGAGAUUUCAACUGUCUGUAUUGACACAGUGAGCAAAUGUUUGGGGGAGGGUGAGGUAUCACUGCACUUCAUUGUUCCUGUGGAUAGCCUGAGCCAGGUUCAAAAUGAAUUGUGAGGGCAAAGGCAAGUAGAAGCACUGGCUGGUUCAGUGAAAUGUCAUAUAUCUAGUCUCUUAAUUUGUUCAAGUUGUUUUUAUAUUUUGGUUUUGUGGGUUUUAAAACUAUUCCCCCAUUCUUUAAUCAUGAGGGAAGAAUUUAACUUCCAUCCAAAGGGACAUUAAGUGUAACUGCGAGAAAUCCACUGUAGCUACGCCAGGUAACAUUGAGAACACUGAAUUUUGUAUAGCAAUGCUCUGGAUUUAAUAGCUAGAUUUUAAUGUGUAUAUCAGACAGUUAUUUGUAUACUCUUUAACUUUGUAUAGCUUAUUUUUGUGAACAGAGGGGAACAGUGGUCCUCAAACAAGAGAUUACUAUAAAGGAAAUAAUAAAUAUCCUAAUUUACUUCGUGUUUGAGGAUAUUUGUUAGAUCAUUGAAUCCAGUAUCUCAGCAUAUUAGAACAGUUUGAGGAAGUAGAAAAGUUUAGUUAAUGCUGUUGUGCACUAUGAUCCUGCAAGCAUCUAUGGAAGAAUAGUCCCAAUGCCCUCAAUAACAGAUGUUUGUAGGAUCAGACCGAGUUGCAGGGGACAGUACUGACAGGACAGCUAUCAUUUCUUAAUGAAUACUUUAUCUGUUAAACAGCUUUGUCUACCACUACAUAACAUCAGGGAAGCUAAACAGAGAAGCUGCUCAGUGAGAAUCCUAAAUAGCACACGCUUACGGAAAACCUAUAAAAGGCUAAUAAACCGUAUCAGGAUGUACUGUUUUGUGAUAAGAAGGCACAUUUCAUACCUGAAACAGAUAAUAGCAAAAAUUAAGCUCUUACCUCACAGCACAUGAAAAUAUUAUUUAUUAUUUUUUUAAAGUCCUUAGUUGUUUUUUUCCCGAGUCUAUUAUGAAAGCAGUUGGAAAAACAAACAAAAGAAUGCAAAUAGAAGUAAAAUACUUUGUAAUUCUAUGGUUUUCUCUCAGGUAAUAGCUCUUAAAUGUUGCCAUAGAUGACGUAGGCUGAUAAUAAAACAUAGAAUUGCAAUUAUUUCCUAUUAGGGAAUUCCUAAAUUAAGAUAAAAGGAAACAGUCCCCUAUUUCCUGAACAACGGAAACAUGAUAUUUUUUUCUAGUCUGAAAACUGAUCUCAUUGCAGACUUCCUUCCUUGCCACCAACCUUCAAAAAUAAAGUUUUGUAGGGACUAAUGAAAAAAUGCCCUGAAGCUUUUGCUUAACUUCUUGGAGUAAUGAAUAUGUAUCAAAGGCAUAAUGAAAAGAGAAAGUAGCUGUUAACUAUUUAGCAACCUGUAUCACAUUUAAAAAAAAAAAAUCAUGUUAACAUUAAAAAACAUAUUUUUGUCAGGAAAAAGUUGUGGAAUUAACUGCAAAUUUGUGUCUCCAGAUAUACAAGGCAGUCUGGUUUACUAUAUUACAGAAUUCCAUUGGCUUCAGAUAAAAUAGUGGAUUGUGUCAUUGAUUCAGGGUUUAAACUGGCAUCCUAUGUUUGCAUCAUAUCAGUUAUCAGCACUUUAAAUCAUUAUAUAUCUUCACUAGUUCUACAGGCCAGGAUUUACUUUAAUCUGAAACUAAGUACAGAAAAACAAUCUAUGGAGAUUUUCACAACAAAAGAUGAAGUUGAAAGACAUAUUUCCUUAUUCCUUCUUGCUGUGCCUACAAUACUUGAGUACAAUACUACACGUGGACUGUCUGCCUUAAAUUUUGAUGGUGUGGGACUCUUCAAUAACAUUGAACAAAUACAUUCAACUUUUUGCAUUCCUUUUCAUCAUAUUAUCUUGGGAGCUAAUACUCUGAGAUACUAAGUGCCCUCAGCUGUUACGAGAAUAAGAAUUGAGGACUCUUGGUCCGAUAGAAACAACUUUGAAUGAAAUUUAGUGUUCUGCAGUACUGUCAAUUUAUUACGUGUGAUACACCAGACAUCAUACCACAUGUGUGUGGUUAGAGUUACCCUUUUGACCCUGCCUUCUCAUUAAAUAAGAGGCAAGUAAAUUAAUUUUUAGAGGACAAAUUAACCUAGAGCAACUGUACUGUCAUUUUUGAUGUGCAUGUAAAUAGAGCUUAAAACUGGCAAAGUCAUCUUGCUACAGAACUAUCCUUAUUGGCAGUGUAGAAUGUUAACUAAUCCAUAGGAAUCUAUGUGCAGAAAUAAACCCAAACAGUUGAGAUGUGUUGUUAUCAGUACAGUAUAGCUUUCUACUCUAAAAGUCUAUUUGCAAAAAAAAAA